GGCCACCUCAGUCACCGCCCGGUUCGUUUGCGGUGACCGGCGGCACCGGUGAGCACAGCGGGCGGCUGCAUCAGUCGGGACGCACUAACCGUCAUCUUUUGUCCGGAGCCGCUGGAGCUGCUUCACUCUGCCAUUAAAACCAGAGACAUUAAUACAUAUAAUAUGUCUGUGGUUAAAACACCAGGGAUUCACGGUUAAUACGAACUAACUAACCCAGGUUUAAGGCCAUGAAUUUUCUUCAAAGCAUCGUCUGUGUGCAGGAAGGUGGAGUUUGAGCGUUUUGGCCUCUUAAAGCCCCACAGCAUCCCUCAGAUGGUCCGCUGUGAUCCGGUGUAGAUCUGACCGGGAUCUCCACGGUGAUGGAUGCUGCCAGCUUCAGCCAUGGCCUUGUCGGAUUACGCCGCCCGGCCCGGACUGUUUCUCUGUGAUCUGAGCAGGAGGGAGACUCUUCACGGACCGUCCUCGUUUUACAUGUUAACAGGGCUCAAACCGGCUUCCUAACCAGCCGCCUCCCGGGUCUCCUCUGUCCGGACCGGCGAUGGAUCUGCUGUGGGCGCUGGCCGUGUCCAUGCUGACGGCGUGCGUCGCCAUCCCCAUGGACGCGGCAGCAGGGAGCCACAGCCUCUUCACCUGCGAGCCCAUCACUCUGCGCAUGUGUCAGGGAUUGCAAUACAACUCCACCUUCAUGCCCAACAUAAUGAACCACUACGACCAGCAGACGGCCGCUCUGGCCAUGGAGCCGUUCCACCCGAUGGUGAACCUGCAGUGCUCUCCGGAGCUCAGGAUGUUCCUCUGCGCCCUCUACGCCCCGGUGUGCACGGAGUACGGCCGCAUGACGCUGCCCUGCCGCCGCCUCUGCCUGCAGGCCAAGAGCGACUGCUACAAGCUGAUGAGCAUGUUCGGCGUCAGCUGGCCGGAGGAGAUGGACUGCAACAGGUUCCCAGCCUGCGACGAGCCGUACCCCCGACCCGUGGACCUCCUGUCCAGCUCGGACGCCACCGACUCCCCCGUCUCCGUCCAGCGGGACUACGGAUUCUGGUGUCCGCGCGAGCUGAAGAUGGAGCCGGAGCUGGGCUACUCCUUCAUGGGGGUGCGGGACUGCUCCCCCCCGUGUCCCAACAUGUACUUCUCCCGCGAGGAGCUGGCGUUCGCCCGCUACUUCAUCGGGGUGGUGUCCAUCGUCUGCCUCUCCGCCACGCUCUUCACCUUCCUCACCUUCCUCAUCGACGUGUCGCGGUUCCGCUACCCGGAGCGGCCCAUCAUCUUCUACGCCGUGUGCUACAUGAUGGUGUCGCUGGCGUUCUUCCUGGGCUUCCUGCUGGAGGACCGAGUCUCCUGUAACGCCGCGAGUCCCGGGAGGUUCAGGGCCUCCACGGUGACGCAAGGUUCUCACAACAAGGCGUGCACGCUUCUCUUCAUGGUGCUGUACUUCUUCACGGUGGCCGGCAGCGUGUGGUGGGUCAUCCUGACCAUCACCUGGUUCCUGGCCGCCGUUCCCAAGUGGGGCAGCGAGGCGAUAGAGAAGAAGGCCCUCCUCUUCCACGCCUUCGCCUGGGGCGUCCCGGGCGUCCUCACCGUCACGCUGCUCGCCAUGAACAAGAUCGAGGGAGACGGCGUCAGCGGCGUUUGCUUUGUGGGGCUUUACAACCUGACGGCCCUGCGCUGGUUCCUACUGGCCCCGCUGGGCCUGGACGUGGUGGUGGGCGUGGCCCUCCUGCUGGCGGGCAUCGCCGCCCUCAACCGCGUCCGGAUUGAGAUCCCGCUGGAGAAGGAGAACCAGGAGAAGCUGGUGAAAUUCAUGAUCCGCAUCGGCGUGUUCUCCGUGCUCUACCUGGUCCCUCUGCUGACCGUCCUGGCCUGCUACCUGUACGAGAGCAGCUACCGCAGCGUCUGGGAGACCACCUGGGUGCAGGAGCGCUGCCGGGACUACCACAUCCCCUGCCCUUACCAGGUGGAGCACACCAGCCGGCCGGAUCUGGUCCUCUUCCUCAUCAAGUACCUGAUGAUGCUGGUGGUGGGAAUCCCCUCCGUGUUCUGGGUGGGCAGCAAGAAGACCUGCUUCGAGUGGGCCGGCUUCUUCCACGGCAAGAGACGCAAAGAAGCAUUAACCCCCUCUCCCACUGCCUGCUCCACCCACUCCUCCAUCCUGUCCUACCACGCCCACGUCCCCACCACCUUCCCCCUGUCCCUGCCGUCCCUCCUGCGUCUCUCCCUGCCCUCACUCCCCCCCACCACCUCCCCCUCCUCCUGCUGCAGUGGGACGGUCCACGAGAGCCGGCAGGUGCUGCAGGAGCCCGACUUCGCCCACCUGCUGUACCGCGACCCCAACACCCCCAUCGUGAGGAAGUCCCGGGGCACGUCCACCCAGGGCACGUCCACCCACGCCUCCUCCACCCACCUGGCCAUGCUGGACGAGCCGCCCAGCGGCAGCACCAGCCGGGCCGGCUCGGUGCGCAGCGCCCGCUCCAAGAUGAGCAGUUACCACGGCAGCCUGCACCGCUCCCGGGACGGCAGAUUCGCCGGCUCUAGUUUCCGGGCGGCGGACGAGCGGCCGCCCUACGGCAGCAUGCCGCGCCUCGACGAGUCCCGGCACUGCAGCUCCAACCGGCUGGACGGCCUGUCGCGCCAGGGCUCCACCCUGCGGCUCGACAGCCAAUCACGGCACAGCAGCGUCCGCGACCUGAGCAUGGCCGUGCCGGGAAACGGGAUCCGCCGGGUCCUGGAGGAGGACGGAGCUGCAGCCUGAACCGGGCAGGGAUCGUCGGAGAAGGACGGAUGAGAGAUUGUUGUUGGGUUUGUUUUUGUUUUGAAGAGUAUUUGAGGAUCCGGUGAGCCGACGCGCUGAUGUGGCUCCACACGGAGCUCGUGGAGGGCGACGCCCGGCCAGACUGACGCCGCUACAUUUGGAUCUCCGUCCUGAAAUAUCCUCCGCAGCUUUAACUGGACUAGAAAAUCCAAAAAACAACCUGAACUCCAAAUCGAUCGUCGCCCAGUUUACACAAACACGAUGGACUCGGUGACGGAGCCGCUGGUCUGGAACGAUGAAGAGACUUCUGCUGCACCGGACAGGAAUACUGUUGUUACAGACUCU